UAAUGAUGGGCCUUCUACCAAUUUUCAGAUCUGUUAAAAUACCUCACCAGCAUCACUACCACUCCAGAAAAAAAAAGAAAAAAAAAAAAAGAAAAAACAACCCAAAACACAGAGAAGAUCUAAGAAUUAGAAAAGAUGCAGGCUAAAGACAGCAAUCCACCAGAUGGUGGCUAUGGAUGGGUUGUGGUAGUGUCAGCCUUCAUGGUGAUGGGCUUCACUGUUGCUGUCCUCAAGACUUUUGGUCUGUUCUUUGUUGAAAUCCAGCAGCACUUUGAAGAACUUGCAAGCUCCACUUCCUGGAUCACAUCAGUAACUGUUGCCGUCUUUCAUUUAGGAGGGACCACAAGACUUCCUGAUGAAGAUCACCUGAGCCUCCAGUUCUUUGAGCAUGUUUCCUGG